AUGGAUUCGGAGGGACAUCUAAAGAGGAAAGACACCACCAAAGGUCCUCCGUUGAGGAUACUUAGCUUGGAUGGUGGAGGAGUUCGCGGCUAUUCUAUGUUUAUUAUCAUACAAGAAAUAAUGCUUCGAACCUACGUCGAAAUUGAAGGGAAAGCACCAAAACGAGAUCAAAUCCCGAAGCCAUGCGAUCAUUUCGAUUUAAUAGUUGGAACCGGCACUGGCGGCCUAAUCGCUUUGAUGUUAGGGCGACUCCGAUUAAAUCUGGAGCAGUGCAAAGAACUAUACGUCCGGAUGACCAGAAUGGUUUUCGAGAGCGAUAAGACUUUUGCUGGUAUACCAUAUCGUUCGACAUUAUUUAAGGCAUCUAUGCUUGAGCGCGCGAUCAAGGAAGCUGUAAGGGAACACACUUGGUCUGAUGAUGAGGGGAACGACUUUGGAGCAGAUAUUGUCAGUCCGAUAUCUGCCGUGUCGCGGACAAGCGCGGCCUCGAGUGCUUUCCCGCGACGGCACCAAAGCAACGCGAGCACCAUCAGUUUCAGUGGACGUAGUCCAGCGAGCCAGGCCAAAUCAACAUUCCGCGGUGGGCAGGGUAACCCCGAUGCGCAAUUAUAUGAUACGAGAGAAAAUAGGACAAAGACUGCUGUAACGGCUAUGUAUAAAGGAACAGUUAGGGGCGGUGCUCCUGCACUCCUCCGUUCAUAUGACUCAAGAAAAGAGCCUGCCCCUGAAUACGACUGCAGAAUCUGGGAGGCCGGUCGGGCAACGUGCGCGAUUGGGUUGGCGUUCAAACCGGUUAAAAUUGGGCAGACGGUAUUUCAUGACGACGGUUCUGGGACUUUUAACCCAUCCCCCGUUGCUCUCGAAGAGGCUACGGUUAACGAAUGGCCGGGACGUGAUGUGGGCGUCUUUAUCAGCAUAGGAACCGGAAAACGGCCAAAGGGUACCGAGCAAAAUCAGCACCUGUGGUAUGAAGGCUUUAUGGGCGAAUGGGGAGAAGCUAGAAGAAAGUUAAUCUCCAAGGUGGAAGGCUGCGAAAAGAUUCACGAGCGUAUGAAGAAUGAAUUAUUGAUGAAAAGGGGUGUCAAUAUCGAGAAUUACUACCGAUUUAACGUCGAAGUCGGCGUUGGAGAGUUCGCUAUGAACGAGUGGGAUCGAUUGGGCGAUAUCAGCACAGGCACGAAAAGGUAUCUGUCUAGAGAUGCCGAGCAGAAAAUGGUGCAGGAAUCGUCGACAAAAUUGGCAAAGAUCCACAAAGCAAAGCAGAGAUAUGAGAGGCUCGGUCGCAUACCCAACAUCGUGUCUCAGCCGACCAUGGGAUCAAUAAGUAUGCCAUUGGCGGUUGAGCUUCCAGGAGACUUCCCUACAUCAUUACCGAUCCGAAACAGUCCGUCGGGUCGGCAAUCAUACGAAUCGGGCAUAGACAACCUUGACCACCUUUCACUCGGUCCUGCCAACCCGCCAUCGCCUCGUAGUUCCGAUGAUCGCUUCCGGCCCGCAACCAGCCAUUCAUCUCCACCUCAAAUAGCCGCCCGCCCGCAGAAGGUGCCGUCCCCUCCUGCCUCAUUAUCGGCGAUCAGACCUCCCCCAGACGACGAGCCGGAUCCGAUUAUGGGAGCUGACGAGUAUCCACGAAGACAAAGAGAUCAUAUUGCACAGCCUAUGAUAAAACCAUACCAGCCGCACCGAAUCGAGCCACCCCCUCUACCUCCCAAGACUCCGCUGCCCGAAAAGCAGAUUUCAGGUAGCCGACGUCCUACCAGAGCCGAGAGUCCCCUGCCGCCAUACCCUGAUGAAGACGGUCCCCCACCAGUUGUAAACAUGGCGAGGAAACCGGAUUAUAGGGGUAGAUGA